GUUCCAGUCGUAAAUCUCGUUAUGAACGGCGACCAACACACAUUGGAAACUGUAGCUUAUUUAAUGAACGAAGGUAUACCUUCCUUGGUGGUAAAAGGAUCAAAAGGUGUGGCAGACAUUAUUGCAAAUGCUAUCGAAAACACCAGCGAACCCAAUACCCCCACACGGCGAGACAUUCACAGUGUGGACAUCAAUAAUGAAAUAAUAAGGGGAAUGCUACACAGCAGUAAUAUACCAUAUGACGCAUUCACAUCUUUUCAACAAACUUGCCAGAAACGUCCCAACAUGUUGUCGGUCGUAAAUCUGCUCGACAUUACCGAUCGGCAUCGACUGGUAGGCACAAUAUUGGAUGUCUGUUGGAAGGCUGGAUUAGACGUGACGUGUCUCAUGAUAUGGGCACUUUACUGUCAUUAUCAUCCUGGCCUCACUGACCAUUUUAAACAACUUGUGUCACUAGAUGGACAACGCAUGGCGAAAGAUCUACCACUACAUUAA